CAUAUCCCUCCUGUUUUAUCAAAUACUCCAUGGUUUUCUUAUUGAACUUAUAAGGCUGAUGAUCAAUGAAUUCCAGGUUACAGGAAAUUUUAAUGCCAAUUAUAUUUAAAGCAGAAAUCUCAGGUUUCUACUGAUUCGAGCACGACCCUUCGGAAAUGGAUUCAGGAGGGUUGCAAGAAAGGAGAAUUGGCUCAGUGAAAGUAGUUAUUGAUUCUCAUGGAGAAAGAAUUACAGAAGGAAAUUCUGUAGUAAAGAAAUUGCAAAAUAAUUAUUCAGAGAAGCAGUAUCCGACAAGAGAACUUCACCAGGUGAGACAGGACACGAUCCAACUCAACGAGAGCAGAAAACUUGCAGAGUCAGCGACAGCACAAGCAGAAACCGAGCUUUUUUCUGCGAAAAAGACGGCAAAAAGCCUUAAUUCAGCAAUCAAGGAAUCGAAUUUACGUGCAAAACCACAGCUGGGACCAAUGGAGAAACUGAAAAUGAGGGAAGAAAGUGAAGGAGGAAAAAACAAUGAGAAUUCCCAGCUUGCAAAAGUGUUGAGAGAAUUGAGAUCUGUUAAACGAGAAUUGAGUAAGCUCAAGCUAGACAUGGCUAGGAUUUUAGACGAAAAAAGAAGAGCCGAGAAGGAAACAGAAUCCUCUGUGUCUAAAAUGACUUCUUAUUCGAGUUCAGUCGAAUCACUCACCAAGGAGAUCGAGGAAAUCAAUGAAGAAAACGUGCUAGUCGAGUUGGCACGAAUUGAGGCCCUUAAAGAAUACGAAGAAAUUGAAGCCCAGAAGAAAGAAGCUGCCAAAAAACACUCAAAUGCAAUGGUGGAAAGCAGGAAGAAAAUGAAUGAAAUGAUUCAAGAAAUUGAAUAUUCAGAACAGUUAGAAGAAAAAUUAGCUAUUACAGUGUCUGAUAUCAAAAUGUUAGAGAAUGUAAAGGAAAUGAAGGAAAUGGACAAGAGAUUACAAAGAUCCCCCGAGUCUCGCCUUGCAUUGGAGUCCAUCGAGGAUGAGUUCGAGGCAACAAAGAAAGAAUUAGCUUUAGUUAAAGAAGAAAGUUUUCAAUUCAUGUCAUCCAUGGAUAUUGUACGAGACGAGCUCAAACAUGUGGCAGAAGAAUCAGCUCGACUAAGGAGAAAAGAAGAAAAAGCAGACCGGACGGUUCAGAAUCUGAAUUCAAAGCUUUUGAGGGCUAAAGAAAAAUUGGAAGCAGUGUCCACUGAUGAAGACCAGGCUAAAUCAACUGCUUCAAGUCUGUCUCAUACUCUUGACCAGUUAAAAACAGAAACAGAAUCAGCUAAACGUGAACUCUUUCUCAUUAACGAAGAAACUGCAAUAACCAAAGCCGAAAUUCAAAAGACCGAUACUGAAAUAGAUUUGGCUGAAGAAAGAUUACAGAUCGUUAUACAAGAACUGAAAACAGCUAAAUCAUCAGAAGCCAUAGCACUUCAGAAUCUCGAGUCAAUUAUUGAGAAGACAAUGAGUGACAGAGCUUCAGCUUCGCGGGAUAAGUCAACAAUAACCAUCUCAAAGUUAGAAUACGACUACUUAACGGGACAUGCAUCUGGCGCUAAGGAAAUCGCAGAUAAAAAAGUUGCAGCUGCUGAGGCAUGGGUCGAAGCUCUAAAAGCAAGUGAAAAGGAAAUACGUAUCAAAAUGGAGUUAGCUCGAAGAGAAACUCGAGAACUAAAGGUCGAGGAAGAUCGAGCGGUUAAUGUAACAGAAAAAUCACUUCACGCGAAGGAAAUAAUCGAGGAGGAAUUACAAAACAGGAGGAAAAAGUAUGAGGCUGAACACUUGCAGCCUGAAAUUGGACUUUCCAGAAAAUCAAUGAACAGAAGUGGAAAAAGAACUCCUGCAAGACGAGGAAAACAUCGAAUAUCAGCAUCUCCUAUGGUUCGUAAUGUACCUAGAUCGACAUCUUUCACAGUCAGGGGGAGAAGAAAGGUACUGCCAAAUUUAGUUAAGUUUUUCAGUGGAAGGAAUAAUGAGGCAAAUGUUAAACAUGUAUGAAGAUUUCAAUCUAUUUUUUAAAAUAUUGAUUCAAAAAUAAAUUGUGUAAUGGGUCAACUUUGGGCUCCAAUGGGAUGUGUACUUCAUUGUUAA